AUGGGAUGGGGAAGUGGCAACGGGCUAAGGGGAUGAGCGAUGAGCCCUGAGUCGCGUUAGUCAAGGGUAGCUCUAUCUCCGAAGAGGCCCAGCCUUGUAGCACGGGAUUGGAGAACGCGCCAGUAGGCGUGUUAGUGACAGACCGGAAACUACAUUUCCCAGUAUUCUUACGGUUAGAGAACUUCAUUGCCCGAAAGCCUUUGCGAGAGACAGCACGCUUUGCGCUUCCUCCUGCUGCCCGGGCGCUCCGAGACUAUGAGGAGCCGCUGGGUUUGGCGGCUCUUGCGCCCUGACGGCAGCGGGGUCCGCUGGACUUCGACUCCCCAUGGGCGUCUGUCGCCCGCUCUGCGGAGAGGUUUCUUGACCACGACAACCAAGUUGAGCUAUGAUAGUAGGCCAGUGGACAUAACUCCUUUAGAACAAAGAAAAUUAACUUUUGAUACCCAUGAAUUGGUGCAGGACUUGGAAACUCAUGGAUUUGACAAAACACAAGCACAGACAAUUGUAUCAGUACUAAGUACAUUAUCAAAUGUCAGCCUGGAUACUAUCUAUAAGGAGAUGGUGACUAAAGCUCAGCAGGAAAUAACAGUCCAACAGCUAAUGGCCCAUUUGGAUUCCAUCAGAAAAGACAUGGUCAUCCUAGAGAAAAGUGAAUUUGCAAAUCUGAGAGCAGAGAAUGAGAAAAUGAAAAUUGAACUAGAUCAAGUUAAGCAGCAGCUGGCUCAUGAAACCAGUCGAAUCAGAGCAGAUAAUAAAUUGGAUAUCAACCUGGAAAGGAGCAGAGUAACAGACAUGUUCACAGAUCAAGAAAAACAACUCAUGGAAGCAACCAAUGAAUUUACCAAAAAGGAUACACAAACCAGAAGUAUGAUUUCAGAGACCAGUAAUAAAAUUGACACGGAAAUUGCUUCCUUAAAAACAUUGAUGGAGUCGAGCAAGCUUGAGACGGUUCGUUAUCUUGCAGCCUCGGUGUUUACUUGCUUGGCAAUUGCGUUGGGGUUUUAUAGGUUCUGGAAGGAGAACUGACUUUGUUGCUGCUGAUCACUGUAUAGAUUAUACUUACUACAAAUUCUUCAAAAAUAUGUACGGACUAAAUAGAAGUGUUUUGGUAUUUUAUUUUUAUGUUGUAUGUCUUUAUUAUGUUGAAAAGCUGUCACUCAAAGCCUCGUUUGAAACAGAAGAGCAUUUUGUCCUUACCUUUUUGAUAACUAUAGCAACAAAACAGUUUUGCAUUUGAGCUUUGUAAAUGAAGUAGGGUUUGUUAUCAGGCUGCAUACUUGAAAACAAAUCUGUAAUCUAUGUACUUACUGGAUUUCACUUUCCUGGUUAUUAUUGCAGUUAGAUUUUUAUACUAAAUAAAAUAGUAUUAACAAAAUUGGUUGAAUUUUCAAAAUGA